GUUCUAACAUGUCUCAGAUUCCUAGCAAAAGGUGACUACCUCUCAGAAGUAGCGGACCUACACGGCAUUUCUAAAGCGUCGGCGAGCGUAAUCAUACACAGAGUAGUAGAAGCAAUAUGCCAAACACUGAAGAACAUUAAUUUUCCAACCUCUACUGAAGAACGAAGAAAGGUCAAAGCACACUUCUAUAAGAUUGCAGGCUUUCCCGGUGUGGUUGGUGCCAUUGAUGGUACACAGAUUCCGAUUCAGGGAAUGAGUUCAGAAGACGAGCCCUUGUAUAUAUGCAGAAAAGGGUACCAUUCCAUUAACGUGCAGGCUGUUGUUAAUCCCGAUUUAAGGUUUACAAAUGCCGUUUGCAAGUUUCCUGGGGCCACCCACGACGCCUACAUCUUGCAGAGCAGCUCUCUACCAAAUGUUGUUUCCCGCCUUGAGAAUGGAGGAUGGCUUGUAGGGGAUUCUGGCUACCCUCUGAAAGAAUGGUUGAUGACCCCUCUAAGCAACCCCAGAACUGAACAGGAGGAGAGAUACAACAGAGCCCAUUGCAAGACCAGGAACGUCUUUGAGAGAGCUUUCGGUGUACUGAAAGCACGCUUCAGGUGCUUGCACAAGACUGGAGGAGCUCUGCCAUAUGGGCCAUCAAAGUGCACCAGAAUAAUAGAAUGCACAAUGAGACUGCAUAACCUGGCAAUUGAAAAUGGUAUUCCAUUAUUGGAAACAAUUGACCAAGAAGACGCAGAUGUAUUCCACAUAGAACAUCAUACAUGUAACAAUGCAAACAGGACUGCUUCUGAUGUGCGCAAAAGACUAAUUCAAAGAUUUUAAAUGAAAUACAACUGCAAGACAAUGUACAGCAAGAGAAUGAGGGGAUCACUCAUCUGGACGAGAAUUUUUCAUUUUUUUCUGUUUGAAAUCGCAAUGAGGACUGAAGAGAGUUUCAUAACAUGUAAUUGAAUUUCUCAUAUUUAAUGAUAUCUGAUACCAGUUUUUUCAUAAUUAACUCAACUGAGCCAAAGUCUUAAGACAAGUUUUUUUUUUUUUUGCAUUCAACAUGCAG